AGUGUCAGGAGGGAGAUUACAGUCAGCAGCAAGCUAUAGGAGCGGGCUGCGGAGUAUGUGGACCCCGCUGCGGGGACAGGCUCCGGGCGUCCCGCUCGUGUUCGGUCGGCCAUUCCUCGCCCUGUCGCCCCGCAAGUGCACCCCUGCGCACCCAUGAAGCCCCCGCUGAUGAAGCCCCGACCUGCCAGAGUGAGGCGGAAAGUGGCCGGAGACAGAGAGCAUGUGUUGGCGCGUCGGGUUUGCCUGGACGCGGUCGUGUGUGGUUGAUCUUGGCCAGAACCAGAGCCUCUCCUCCGGCCUGCUGGGCUCCGAUGAGACGCUCUCGUUUUAUGGGUACAUCAUCGCCUACCCCCUGCAGGACUACGGCGGGAUCAUGUCGGCUUUGGGCUCGGACUCUUGGUGGCGGAAGACGCUGUAUUUGACUGGAGGGGCUCUGCUCGCUGCUGCUGCUUAUCUGCUGCACGAAUUGCUGGCCAUCAGAAAGGAAGAAGAGCUGGACUCUAAAGAUGCCAUCAUCCUCCACCAGUUCUCCCGGCCUAAAACUGGCGUCCCGUCCCUGUCCCCCUUCUGCCUUAAGAUGGAGACCUACCUCCGCAUGGUGGACUUGCCCUACAAGAACUACUUUGAUGGGAAGCUCUCACCGCAGGGAAAGAUGCCAUGGAUUGAGUACAACCAGGAGCAGGUGUGCGGCUCCGAAUUCACCAUCGACUUCCUGGAGGAGCGGCUGGGCGUGAGCCUUAAUAAGAGCCUGACACCACAGGAGAAGGCUGUGUCUCGUGCCAUUACCAAAAUGGUGGAGGAGCACUUCUACUGGACAAUUGCUUACUGUCAGUGGAUAGAUAACUUGGAAGAGACCCAGAAGAUGCUGUCAGUGAGCGGACCACUGAGCGAACUGCUUAAGUGGAUCCUGAGUCACCUGACUGGUGGGAUUGUCCAGAGGGAGAUGUAUGGACAUGGAAUUGGACGCUUCUCUAAGGAGGAAGUGUAUGCCCUGAUGGAGAAGGACAUGCGUACUUUGGCCACUAUACUUGGUGAUAAGAAGUACCUUAUGGGCUCUAAGCUUUCGACAGUAGACGCUGCAGUGUUCAGUCACCUGGCCCCAGCUAUGUGGACCCUACCAGGAACACGGCCGGAGCAGCUCAUCAAAGGCGAGCUCAUCAACCUUGCCAUGUACUGUGAGCGCAUCCGCCGGCGUUUCUGGCCUGAGUGGUUUGUGGACCUGGAGGACUUCUGCUACAGUGACAGCACAGAGGACAAUUACUCGCCCUCCAAACUCCCUGAUCUGGGCCUCUACUCUGGCACAGACAGCUUCCAGGACUGUACAAAUACGCACACUCCACACACCAACACGCCACAGGUCCCGCCGUCGCCAGACAGCGACCCUACAGGCCACUCACUUUAUGACUCUGAUAUGGACACGGAGUGCUCUGAAAUGGACCAGCUGAAGUGUUGACAACACAUGAAUGCAUAGUACACACAACAUUUCAACGCACAUCACAGAGAGCAGCUGCGUUAAACCUGCACACGUGCUCCCCAACCUCUUUGAAGAGAUAUUGUGGGGAGUGUUUUUGUGUCAGUGGAGGAGGGGAGAACCAAGAGGUUCAACCUGCACACUCUAGUGAAGGAACAACUACUGUCAGGGCAAGCAGAGCGAGAAAGAACAAAGGGUAAUUAAAAGGCAAACAAGUGACAAGUGAAGAGGGAGUAGAAUGAGAAAGUAGCCGACAGAGAAGGCAGAUCAAAACAAGAAACCAGGAGUAAAUGACGCCGCUGCUGAGAAACUCCUCUGCGUGGUCAUUUACAGUUACAACUUCAACCCAUCCUGUUGUAACAAUGGCAGUUUACUAUGUGUACCCCUUGUUGUCCCUUGUAGCAACCUCACACAUCCCGGCCUUGUGUGUGUAUUGACUAACUGAACCCGUAACGCCUUGUGUUAAUGAGACAGCGGCAAGUAAGGAACUGUACAGGAUUUAUCCGGUGUACAUAUAUAAAUGAAUCUAAUUAAAUAGAUAGAAUAUUUGAUUAUAUAUGAGUAUACAUAGUUUAGAUAGCCUGAACAUGUAGAGUCAUCUCCUCUGUGUAAAUACUGUGGGUGUUUCUCCUUUAAAAUCCCUCUGUGUUGGACACAUCGACUGAAUGGUCUUGUAAAAGUCCAUGCAAAGACCCCUUGACCUCCUGUACUGUAUGCAUCUGUCUACACCACUAGGAUAUUAGAGUAAUGCUUGCUGCCCAUAUUAAAAUAAUGCAGUAAAUUAUCAUGGGAGUUAUGGAAAGUUAACCUCAAUCUGCCAUAAGUACUUUGAAACUAUCUUUUAUCUUUUUUUUACCAAAAUAACUUUUGUUUCCCACAUAAGAAGCAUAAUAUGAAAACAUGCAGGUGCCUGUGUUGUUUGGAUUGUCAUUGAGUAUCGUAGCUUUAGGUUAAAUUGACAGUUAACAUUCAAGCAGUGAGCGAGUCAAACAAUCAUAUAGAAAUAGAUUAAAUAGAUAUAUCGCCUGAGUGAAAGUGCAUGGCUGGUACGUGCCACUGAAAAUCCCCCUUUACACAUCAUGUAGAUAAUGUUGUCUACAUUUAUCUGCUGUCUUAUUUUAUAAGUUUGUUUGUUUUUGGUGCCUCUGAUUUAAUUAGCCAUAGAAAGAUGUAGCCAAUGAAUGCUGAAGAAAUAGUCCUUCAAAAUGAUAUAGAAAUGUUGUUAAGCAAUAACAGAACAGACACAGGUCAGCUCAUAUCAUUUUAAUACCAGGCUGGGCUGCAUUGCAUCUGAGGUGUGAAAUGAUAAGAUACUAGUUUUUGUGUGUGUUUGUCACUCAGCAAAUGCACAUAAACACAUUGUGAGUUCAGACUACUUAUCUGACUGUAAGCAAGGGGUGUACAGUACAUCUGCUAUGAGUCAUCCUCUGUGUGUGGAGGAUGGCAGAGUGGUGACGUAUCACACAGCUCAGCAUUUUCUUUCCUAUCACACAUACACACACACACACACACACACACACACACACACACACACACACACACACACACACACACACUGACUCAUGAUGUCAGUAUUGUUCAUUGAGGUGAAAGGAAAGGUGGUGGAAUAGCUCAAGUGCUGUGCUAACAUCAAUGAAAUUCCUUUUUUUGGGGUGGGUAACUAUUCAUGUUGGUAUUGAGAGUGAAUCUUCAAAGAUAGAUGGACAUUGGGGCAAUAUUUUAAUAUUUUAGCCAAAAUUGAUUACAAAAAAAGCCUUCAGUGCCAGUUGGUUAACUGCUGUAGCUGGUUAGCUAGCUGCCUGGCUUGCUAACAGUAAGUUAGCACACUUGCUAGCUCAUUCAGUUAACUCCUUAUAAAAUGCUUAUGUGCUUUAAAAGAGAACAAUUUCAAAUCUUAACUAGCUGUGACAAGACUCAAAAAUCCAACAUUCGUCAAAUACCAGAUGUAGAAAUGUUGCAAAUUAGCUAUGUUUAGCAUAGAUAUGUAGCAGGGCAUUGCUAAUAACAAGUAAAAGCUAUGGAAUCAUAGAGCAGAGGAUGUCGUUAUUACCCUGACAUCCAUUGGUUGGUAAGACCAUGAUGUGUAUGAUGGCUCAGUGGGUUUUUGUGACAAAUAUAAUGCUAAUAUUUUAUGACAACACAGACUUCCAUAUCUCAGCUCAACAACAAAAACAGAACGUCCAAAACAUCAACAUGUUGGCAUCAAAUUAGAACCUACAUCAAGCCAUUUACAAAGACUACUAGGAAGGCUAUUAUAUGUGUGUUUUGCAUAAUCAUUCAAUACAAUAAUAUUUUCUGAAACUGAAAAUAUGAAUUGAAAAAUGUUUUUCUGUGUCUUAUAACCCCUUGGUUUCAUGUUCUUGCCUUCUCUUAUCAUUUCCAGCCUUACAGACACUGACUUCUACAGUUGUUUACUUUCAAUAGUGCCAGCAUAAGACUCAUGUUUUAUGUGUCAUAUUUAUUUAUAACUUAUUUAUUUAUUCUUAUUUUUUAUUUGUUUGAUGGGAAACGUAUUUGUGUUAAAGAAACACCAAUAUUGUUGAUUAUUUUGCACUUUUCUUCUGAUGUUUAAAUGUUUUCUUCUCUCGUGGAGAGUUCCUAUCAAUCAGUCAAUCAUUGUAUUGAUCUGUGUAUGAGUGCAAUAUUGUUGAUUCAUUGACUUCCAUUGACCACUGCAUAUUUUCAUGUUGCCAGUCAUUACAGUAAUUGCAUGUGCGUCCACAUUUUUCAAUGUUAUUUGGUAAAUGUUUGAAUAUCAUGAGAUCAAUAUCAUUGUGUUAAAAUGUUACAGCCCAUCAUCUGCUGCAAAAGUUACGGUCAUGAGAAAACUCAACAUCUUCUACAGAGCUUCAUGUCAAUUAUAACCUUGAAAAACUAACAACUGUAAGGUUGAAUAACACACUGAUUGCUUGAGCUCAUAUCUGCAUGACGAGGUCAGUCAGCCUGCUGAUCAGCUAAUGAUUGGCAUCUCCAAAAUUGUAAAAAAAAAAAAAAAAAAAGACCUUCCUAUCUUGGUCAUUUUCUUCAUGACUCUGAGACCCUCAGUCAUCCAAGGUCAAAGGUCAGGGUAUCAACCCUGUGUCAUGUAUGUGUUGCUCCCCCAUUGAGACUUCUGCUUGUAGACUUUAGAAGCCAUAUUGCAUUGUCUUGUGGUGUUGUGUGUGCUGAAACACUCGUGGAGUCUCAUCAAACUGUAAAUACGACAACCCGGGAAAGGGGGUAAAAAGCAAAUUAAUAUGCGAACAAGAUCUACGAGAAAUCGCUCUGUAUCUUUAAAAAAGAUUCUUUUGAAUGUAUCAAACUUAGAGAUAAAAAGCUGUAUGACAAUGGAUUACUCGUAAUAUUUCAUUAAAUAUAGCUGUGGUAUUUUC